AUGAUCACAUCAGCAACACAGCCAAAAAGGGACACACGGAUCGCUUUGCAAAACGUUGACAUGGGUGAUACAACAACAACAACAGCACCACCACAAGCUCUUUUCGACGCGUUGCAAUCGAUGAAUCAUGAGGAUGCAUUGACAAAAACAACAUCACUACGAGAACACCAUAUCGAGAUGCUUUUGACCAUUCUCAGAAUCCGUGCCGCUGCAUUUGCUCGAGUUGCCAACUUUGAUCAAGCAUUGGAUGAAGCCUCUCUCCAUAUCCAAAUAGCACCCUUUUGCGCACUCGGGUAUAUGCAAUCAGGAGAAAUCCUUUCAAACAUGCAAGGGUAUCAAACAGCAGCCAUCAAAGUGUACGAAAAAGGCCUCAGCAUGGUUCCACAAAGCGAUCCAUCCCAUCAGCAAUUGAUUCGAGCCAAGCAGCAAGCUCGUGAAAAGCAACAAAUACGAGUCGACUUCAUUAGUCAACUACCCUUGGCUAUUGUACGAGAUUGUAUCGCUCCUCUUUUACGUGGUGAUGGAAGAAGCAAGUGGAGUAGUCUUGGCACUGUUUCAAAACGAUGGCAUCAAGCUUUGAUGGCAGGCAACAUGGAUAAGAAGCACUUUAAAAUACACGGAUCGGAUACCCUUGACGAGCAGCAACGAUUGAUGGAUGCAGCACCUGAAGUUGUUUCCUUACGCUUCAAAAAUUCUCUUCAACCACCCCACACAUUGCUCAAUCCAGGCAAGUUUCAUUCACUUCAAAAGUUAUCGAUUGAAGGUUGCUAUUUGUCUACUUGGCCUGAGUUUGCUGCAGCGCUGAAUAAAGUUGGAAGAUGGCUGACCCAUUUGGAGCUGGAGAACGUAGGUGGUGCACCCAUCAUCCCUUUGACGGACGUACUCGAAAGCUGCCCUCGACUAAAAUCCAUGCGAUGUCUUGGUGGUCGCAACGUGGUGGACAUUUCAACCAUCGAGAAGCAAUGCAUCACCUUGACAUGUCUCCAGUUUUGGGCAAAUGAUCAAAUUAGGAAAGAGGAUGUGGUGGAGCUGCUGUCAAGAAUUCCAUCACUCGAGCAGCUAUCCAUAUACGAUAAAACGACCUCUGAAUGUUUGAUAAAACUGGACACAGCGUAUGAUCACGUCUUCUCUGCCAGAUUCAAUCAUCUCAUAUCCAACUUUGAUUCGAUCCCCACCACAACCGCCACCACCAAUGGAGGUAAACGUAUGCUUUGUAUACAUGGUCAAGGUUUGAAAAACUCGGAGGCUGCUUCAAAAUUGUUACUGGAAUCGCAUCGUUGGCCAUCGAUGGGUAGCUUUGUCUACAACAUUUCCUUCCUCGAUAGCACCACCAUUUUCGAAAUCCUGAGAUCGCCUUCGCCUGUGUUGCGACUUGAGCAGUCCUUGAACAGCCUAAUCAUUACACGUUGUGGACUUAAAGAAGGACACUUGAUGCAAAUCUUUCAGCAAUGGCGAUCUGAAAAACGGCGUUUGGAUCAACUACGACUGAUUGAGGAGCCUGGUAUGACGGAUAGGGUGGUGGCAAGUCUUGCUGGUCGAGGAGGUGCAAUGAUUUGUAGGCGACUUGAGCUCAAUCGAUUACCCCACAUCACACGAGACGGCAUCAAGUUUUUGUAUUCUCGUCUUUAUCCACAAAAUAUCAAGAUUGUUGAAUGUCCAAUGGUGUAA